AAAAAAAAAUGGAAACCAUCGUGACAUCGUCGUUCUCUUCUCCUUCAACCGCAGGUCUCUUUCUGCUCAGAUUGCCUCCAUGACUGUGUGAGCUCGAAGGAGGAUUCCACUCAGCAGAGCGUGCUACUCAGCCUCCACCCACCGCCAAGUUAGUUCAGAAUUCAUGCUGAUCUUGGGCAUCUUUCUUCUCCCCCAGUAACUAGGCAAUGAAUUUUCUGCUGCGGUCCCCCCAACCAGCGGCUUCCGAGCUGCCACCCGUGAAUGAAAGCAGUGCUGAUGCCAAUCAUGUCUCCAAACCGGUGACCACUUUAGAGGGUCUUAUAUCUGAGGAUCCAUUUCCGCGGUAUGAAGUUUCUGAAGACAAUGGAGAGAGUGAUGGUGUUAGGAGUUCUGAUGGGAUCCUUACCGGACGCAGUUCGACAGCUGAUGUUCCCAUUGUAGACAAACAUUCCGAUGUUUCCGAAGAAGAAGGGUGGAUAACCAUCCCCUGCAAGGAACUCCCUGCUGACUGGAAGAAUGCACUGGAUAUACGUUCAUUGCGUUCUCUCAACCGUUCUUUUGUUUUUCCAGGCGAACAGGUUCAUAUAUUGGCAUGUUUAUCAGCAAAUGAGCAGGAGACAGAAAUUAUUACCCCUUUCAGAGUUGCCGCAGUGAUGAGUAAGAAUGGUAUAAGAUGGAGCCCUAAAAAGGAAAAUGGAGAUGUAGGAGCUGGAAGGGAUUCGGUGUCAGGGAAUGUUGAAGUCCAUGAUAAAGAAGAUAAAGAUCAGAGUAAUGAAAGCCCAUCACAAGGAAAAACUAACCAUGAAAAAGAUAUGUCUGCUGGUGAAUCUCUGCUACGGAAGGAAGACCAAAAAUUAAAAACUGAAACGUUACUGCAAAGAUUCAAUAAUUCCCAUUUCUUUGUGAGAAUAGCAGAGUCAGGGGAUAAGCUUUGGUCUAAGAAAGGUGUUUCUGACAAAUCUUUAGAGUCUUCUGACACGAGUGAUCAAAUCUCUGCCACAAGUGGAAACAAUGAAACUCUAAAAGAUAGCUCUGGCCUCAGUGCAAUUAUAGAUAAAGGAAAUUUUAAAGCCAAUGCAUCAGGUGGAGUGGCUAGGGGUGCAGUUCAGUGUUGUGCUCUUGCUAAUGGAGAUUUAGUGGUUCUGUUACAAAUAAAUGUUGGUGUCGAUUUGUUAAGAGACCCCAUUAUUGAGAUUCUUCAAUUUGAGAAAUAUCAGGCCAAAAGUCCCUCUUUAGAGAACCAAGAAGAUGCAGCUUAUGCAAAUGGGGAUCCUUGUAAAGAACUGUUAACAUGGUUGCUGCCCCUAGAGAACACAGUUCUUCCUCCAGUCCGCCCUUUAUCACCUCCUACUUUGGCUUCUGUGCCAGGAAUCGGAAGCACAUCCCAAAGAUCCAAUUUCUCAGCAGCGUCAGGCUCUCAGAUAUUCUCUUUUGGCAAUUUCAGGAGCUACUCCAUGUCAUCGAUUCCUCAGAAUCCUGCAGCACCUCCUACACCCACAGCUCACAGUUCCAAAUCUACCAGCUUGGACCUUGACGACUGGGAUCGAGUUUCAAAGCAGAAGCCUCUACCUGGUAAAAGGAUUGGUAAAGAGGGGCUAUUAUCAUUUAGAACUGUCUCAUUGGAGCCAGAAAGGUUUUCUGUUUGUUGCGGACUAGAAGGCAUCUAUACGCCUGGGAAAAGGUGGCGGAGGAAACUGGAAAUCAUUCAACCUAUUGAAAUACAAUCUUUUGCUGCUGAGUGUAACACGGAUGAUCUCCUUUGUGUGCAGAUAAAGAAUGUUUGUCCAGCACAUAUACCUGAUAUUGUGAUGUAUAUAGAUGCAAUAACAAUUGUUCUUGAGGAGGCUGCAAAAGGUGGACCACCAGUAUCGUUUCCAAUUGCAUCUAUUGAACCUGGAGAAGAUUAUAGUCUGCCAAAUCUAGCUCUCCGGAGAGGGGAGGAGCACUCUUUUAUCAUUAAACCAGCGAUUUCUGCAUGGAAGAAACUCGAUGCUCAAGAUCGAAGAAGUGCUCAGUCAUCAUCAUCAACGCAGACACUAAUUAAAAAUACAUCAAGCUUGCGUGUUUCCUCAAAGAUUGUUGAAGAAAAGAAUAUCUCAUCCACAGACCAUUAUGCAAUCAUGGUGUCUUGUCACAGCAACCACACAGAAUCAAGACUGUUCUUCAAGAAGCCCACAAGUUGGCGACCCCGCAUCUCUAGGGAUAUUAUGAUUUCCGUUGCCUCAGAAAUAUCGAGGGAAUCUCCUGGACCAAACACCCAGCUUCCCGUGCAGGUUUUAACCCUCCAGGCUUCAAAUAUGACCUCCGAAGAUCUAACAAUGACAAUCCUGGCGCCAGCUUCAUUCACAUCACCUCCAUCUAUAGUAUCUCUAAAUUCUUCUCCCACUUCACCCAUCAGCCCUGUAAUGGGCCUUACCGAGUUCAAUGGAAAACUGGGCAGUUCGAUGCAGAAGCCUCCUGCUGCGGAAAAUCAGAAGAAAAAUGCCAGUGGGGAGUUGAGAUCGGUCUCAGUCAAUGAGCAGGGAUCCCCUAUGUCUGAUGCCAUUCUGAAUACUGAUCUGGGCUGCACUCAUUUGUGGCUGCAGAGUAGAGUUCCUUUGGGGCGCGUUCCUUCCCAAACUACUGCCACCAUCAAACUCGAACUGCUUCCGUUGACUGAUGGUAUAAUUACAUUGGACACAUUGCAAGUUGAUGUUAAAGAGAAAGGUCGGACGUAUAUUCCGGAGCACUCAUUGAAGAUAAACGCCACCUCAAGCAUCUCCACCGGGAUUAUUUAACAUUGUUCUUAGUUCGACCUCCAUCUGCUUCAUCCGGAUCUUAUCCUGUUGGAGCUUCUCUGGUCUGGUUCUAUGUGCUUGGUUCCUCUUGGAAUGUGUCUUGUCCAGCGCCCGAGAUUGGGUUCGGAAGCAAAUUGAGAAUGUGUUUUCGUAGGGUACAGCCUUUUAAUUAUCUUUGUUGUAUACAAAAGCUGGGAGAGUGGCAUUCUUUUUGUACACCGCCCUUGCAUGGGAAGAAAAGAGACUUGUAGUUAGAGAUGAACUCACAGAAGUGUAUGAAUUGUAUCUGUUUGAUACUUUUCUGGAGGGAAAAAAUGGAGAGCAUUUCAUUAGUCCCAUUUAUUUAUUAUCGAGAAAAAAGUUCGGGAAA